UAUUAUAGUUUCCAGAAGUUAAGAAACAAUGUUUACUAUGGCGCGAAUUAUAAGCUCGACAACAUGUACCAAACUAUUAUAUGCACGGAAAGCACCUUCUCAUAUCAGUAUGCCUCACAAAAAGAUAUGGAUUAGUUUACGCAAAAAGAAUGGCCUAGUUUUUAGAAACCACUCCGUUCUGAGCACGAAAAAUGUCAUUUACAAAUAUCCUUUCAAGCGGCAAUAUUCCGACAGACUAUACGAAAAAGGCAGAGGAGAGGAACUUAACUAUUUUCUUAGGCUUGGCAGAGAACAAUUUAUGAAAAUCAGAAAGAACAGGAUUCAAGAAAUUACCAACGAAAUCGAGAAAUUGGAAAAAGAGAUUCAAAAAUUGGAAAAGCAAACUAGUCACCGAUCACAGAAAAAUAAAGAGCUUCUUCAGAAGGAAUUACAGGCUCUAAGGGAAAUGUUAGGGAGAUUUCAUAAGAACAUCGAAAAAGAGACAGAAUAAAAGAUCUCAGAUAAUAAAUUUUAAAUUUUUUAUAUUUCUACAGAUCCAGACAGUCCAAUACCGUGAGAAAUAAUGCUUAAGGUCGUAGAAAAGAUAAUUCAACUGUUGCGGCCCAGGAUAUGUCAAUUCACGCAGUCCAAUAAAAACAUAUCCAAGCAUUUGUAUGAGAAGGCAAGAGCGGAGGAGAAUAUUCAUUUCCUAAAACUGCAAAGAGAGCAGCUGAAGUCCCUGCGAGAGAAGAUUCUCAGCCAGAAGAACGAAGUCACGACGAGGAUCAUUAAAGUGGAUCAACAGAUACAAUCGUUGGAAAAAUCUAAAACAGAAGAUAAUUCGAGUACAUAACAAAAUUCAUUGUGCAUUCAAGGCAAACAUUAGAACCAUAAUGGAAAAUUAAAUAGUGUGGCAGAAACCGUAAA